AUGGCCGCCCAAUCGACCCUGCGGCACACGGCCGCCGAAGAAGCCAUCGCCGCCUUUAUCGACAAGUACACCGAAAUCAUCCGCACCAAGCUGCGCAGGACCUCGAGAACAGCCCGGCUCCUGUCAACUCUCGCCCUGGCCACAUCCAUUAUUCUUGCCGGUCUGUGCGCACGCCGCCGAUGGAAGCGCAAGCGCGCCGAACGAGAGCAAGGCCAAAAGCUGGUACGCACGAAUUCGUGGCUCCAUAACUCGGAUGGCUCCCGGACCAUCUACGUGCCCUACAUCAACCGCGACCGCCCGGCCAAGGUCGUCAUCCACACCACCAAGCCUCUCACCUUCCAGGCCCACCGGCGUCUUUUCCUGAACCCCCCGCGCGUGUCCGGCCUGGGCGACGGACAUGUCCCUCCCACCCAGACCAAGCCCGGCAUCAACCUGGCCUUCCUCCACCAGAUCCUCAGUCUCAUGAGCAUCAUGAUCCCCCGCUGGAACAGCAAGGAGGCAGUCCUGCUCGUAAGCCACAGCGCCUUCCUGAUGCUGCGCACCUACAUGUCGUUGGUCGUUGCCCGCCUCGACGGCGAGAUUGUGCGCGAUCUCGUGGCCGGCAACGGCAAGAUGUUCCUGUGGGGGCUGGUCAAGUGGCUGGGCCUUGGCGGCUUCGCCUCGUACACCAACGCCAUGAUUAAGUUCCUCGAGUGCAAGGUGGCCAUCGCCUUCCGCACCCGGUUGACCCGCUAUGUCCACGACUUGUAUCUGAACGAUAACCUCAACUAUUACAAGAUUCAUAACCUGGAUGGCGGCCUGGGGUCGGCUGCGGACCAGUUCAUUACGCAGGAUCUGUCCCAGUUCUGCGACGCGACAGCGUCCCUUUACUCGGCGCUGGGGAAACCGUUCGUUGACAUCUGCGUCUUCAACUACCAGCUAUACCGGUCGCUCGGCCCACUGGCCCUUGCUGGUCUGGUAGGCAGCUACUGGCUUAGCGGCACCGUCAUGGGCAAGUUCAGCCCGCCGUUUGCCAAGAUGAAGGCUGCCGAGGGAAAGAUCGAGGGUGACUUCCGCGGUCUGCACGCACGCCUCAUCGCCAACGCCGAAGAAAUCGCCUUCUACAAUGGCGCCGAGACGGAGAAGAGUUUCUUGAACAGAGAGUUCAAGGCGCUCAGGGACUGGAUGGACCACGUCUACAGGACAAGGAUCAGGUACAACAUGCUGGAGGACUUCAUUGUCAAAUAUAGCUGGAGCGCCUCGGGCUACCUCCUGGCGUCCCUGCCCAUUUUCCUACCCGCUUGGGGCGGUCUGGGCGGCAAGUCGGAGCAGGCCGGCCGCGCCGUAAAGGGCGGCCGUGAACGGGCGCGCAUGAAAGACUUCAUCACCAACAAGCGGCUGAUGCUUUCCCUCGCCGAUGCUGGCUCGCGCGUCAUGUACUCGAUCAAGGAUCUUGGAGAGCUCGCCGGGUAUACCAGUCGGGUGUACACGCUCAUUUCGACGCUGCACAGGGUUCACGCGGCGGCCUACCACCCCAAAGUAGGCGAGGAUGAGCUCUUCUCUCUGUCGGACGUCCAGGGCACGACACAGCUGGGUUUUGACGGCGUGCGGCUGGAGCAUGUACCCAUCGUCGCGCCGUCGCUGUGGCCGCAGGGCGGAACCGAGCUGAUCGACUCGCUCUCCAUGAUCGUCCGCCAGGGCGACCACCUGCUGAUCUCGGGCGCCAACGGCGUCGGCAAGAGCGCCAUCGCCCGCGUCAUCGCGGGGCUCUGGCCCGUCUACCGGGGGCUGGUGAGCCGCCCGAAAGCCAACGGCGAGGACGGCAUCAUGUUCCUCCCGCAGCGGCCCUACCUCAGCAUCGGCACUCUCCGGGAUCAGGUCAUCUACCCGGACGGCGAGGCCGACAUGCGGGAGAAGCGCAAGACGGACGCGCAUCUGAGGGGCGUGCUCGACUUGGCCCGCCUGGCGUACCUCCCCGAGCGCGAGGGCGGGUGGGACACGCGGAAGGAGUGGAAGGACGUGCUGAGCGGGGGCGAGAAGCAGCGCAUGGCGAUUGCGAGGUUGCUGUACCACGAGCCCCGCUACGCGUUCAUCGACGAGGGCACGAGCGCCGUCUCGAGCGACGUCGAGGGGUUGUUGUAUGAUACCUGCAAGAAAAAGGGCAUUACCCUCAUCACGAUUUCGACGCGCGCCUCCCUUAAGAAGUACCACACGUACCACCUGAUCCUGGCCGAGGCCGAGCAACUUAAUGGAAGUGACGGCGGCAGCGGCGGCGGUGGCGUGCGGUGGGAGCUCCAGCGCGUCGGCACCGAGACGGAGAAGAUGCACGCCCGGCGCGAGCUCGAGGAGCUGCGCGAGAAGCUGGCGCAGGUCGAGACGUGGAAGGCGCGGCACGCAGAAAUUGAGAGGGAGCUCGGGAAGGUGUGGGUGGAAGGUGCGGGGGAGGAGGAGGGGCAGCCGUUGCCGCCUCCGACGGCGUAUGUUGUUGAUGAUGAUGAUGAUGAUGGCGAGCGGGGAGAGAGUAUGGGGAAGGGGGUUGGUGUGGAGGAGCAGCAGCAGCAGCAGCAUGAGACGGAGGUGGAGAGGACGGACGAUGAGGCGGAUUAUCAGGAGGCGCAGGAGAUGGGGGUUGAUGAGACGGAGACGGAGGGGGGGACGUUGGUGACGGCGGAGGUGGAUGAGGAUGAGAAAAGCGCUGCUGGAGAGGGAUCGGGGGUUGUCGUGUGA